AUGGGUAGGACGCUCCUCGAGAGCUCUUUCUUCGCUCGAGAGCUCAACGAAGGCAACUGGGGCUGGCAGGUUAUCAAUGGAUCCUGCGGGAAGCGCCGCUUCAAGUUCGGCAGAGGAGGCUUCAAGCGGUGUUUCGACCUGGUUAUCAAGAUGAGCUUCUCUAGCGCUCAAUUCUCCUGGCGCAGCUGGGUCAUCACUGUGCGGGGCAACCACGUCUAUGACUGGGUCUCAGGACCUAGGCACCGCAUUGAUGUGAGUUUCCGUUUCCAUGCUCGUGGCAGUGCCGCCCGUGUCAUGCCGCAUGGCAUCAUUGGCCAGAGCUUCUCGUCCAACGAGCCGAGGCACGGCCACGUCGAUAGCUACCCACAGGACGGCGAGUUCAUCACCAGUGCCAUGGCAGAGGGCGCGAUCGAGGGCAAUGCAACAAUGUACGAAAUGGCUUCGCCGUACGCGACUGAGUUCGCCUUCUCGCGCUUCAGCGGCGUUUCUGACGGCCCCGAUAAAGGGUCUGGGUCCUCGGUAUUGGACGCCUCUGAGGCAUCGACAAUGUUGGGCGAGCGAGGGUCGUCGGCGGGAGUAGCGGGGCGGUUCCUCUCGGAGGAGGCGCCCUGCCCCCCGCCCUCAUCCCCACCGCCUUUGUCGCCGGGAGCAGUCCAAGUCGCCGCCACCUCGUUCUCGCUCGACGUUGGCGGCGGCAGGCUUCGGCGGCGUGCACUCGACGCAAUCGGGUUGGAUGCCAUCGAGGCUGCGUUGAUCGCGUCCUUUGCCGGCUCGGGUGCCAAUAUAACGGCCGAACAGAUCACUCUGGAAGACCUUGGCGACAAUACAGUGCUGGUGACGAUCGUUCAGGCCGCAGUAGGCCCGUCCGCCGAUGAUAUCACGGCCUCUGCCUUGCAACCUAGCUUCCUGGCCAGCAUGAGCGAGGAGCUGGGAACUACGGUCGGGAUUACAUCUGUCGCCCAAUCUACGGCUCGGACGGGAGUCGGUUAA